UAUACUCGCCCGCUGACGUUGAGCCGUUCGCGGGGAACCAUAUUUAAAAACAACAAGAGGCGACAAUUAGCGAGGACUUUCUCCGCUUCUCCCCCCAAGCCGGUGAGUAGCCGCGAACUUAACCGUCGGUCGCGACCAUCGAGGCGGCGGAGACGCUGGCUGGUCUCGGUGCAGAAAACGUCGGAGUGCUGGGGUGUUUCUCCUCCUGCAGUGUGGAUGGGUGGGGGGGUCAUCCGAGGAGAAGAACCGAGGAUUAACUUCGAAACACAGAGCGCUGCAGUUUAAUGGCUGGCAGGUAGGGGCCAAAGAGGGACAAACAACAUGAACUCCAUUCCGUCCAUGGACAGACACAUCCAGCAGACCAAUGACCGGCUGCAGUGUAUCAAACAGCACUUACAAAAUCCAGCAAAUUUCCAAACGGCCGCCACCGAGCUGUUGGACUGGUGCGGCGACCCCCGAGCCUUCCAGCGCCCUUUCGAGCAAAGCCUGAUGGGAUGUCUAACGGUGGUCAGCCGGGUCGCAGCGCAGCAAGGCUUCGACUUGGACCUGGGCUACCGACUCCUGGCGGUGUGCGCUGCCAAUCGCGACAAGUUCACCCCAAAAUCGGCAGCACUUCUGUCGUCCUGGUGCGAGGAACUGGGACGCCUCCUCCUCCUCCGUCAUCAGAAGAACCGGCAGAACGAGCCACCGGGGAAAGUGCCCAUGCAGCCCCCCAUGAGCUCUAUGAAGCCCGGCCUCUCACAUGGAGAUGGGUCUUUUCCUUAUGACUCGGUCCCCUGGCAACAGAACACCAACCAACCUCCGGGCUCGCUCUCCGUGGUGACCACGGUCUGGGGUGUCACCAACACCUCACAGAGUCAGGUUUUGGGGAACCCCAUGACCAACAACAACAACCCCAUGAACCCAGGAGGUAACCCAAUGGGUUCAGGGAUGUCAGGUAACAAUCCAGGGAUGAACCCGUCGCAGUUCCCCGGUCCUCAGCAGCAGUUCCCCAACAAAGGCAACCCAAACCAGGGUUACAUGCAACAGGGCAUGUACGGGCGCCCUAACUACGCCGGCGGAGGAGGCUUUGGUGGAAAUUACCCUGGGGGCCCUAAUGCUGGACCUGGAGGCAUGGGCAUCCCUCCACACUCCCGUCCACCGUCGGACUUCACCCAGCCAGCAGCUGCUGCCGCGGCUGCCGCUGUAGCUGCCGCUGCCGCCACGGCGACCGCCACUGCCACCGCCACGGUUGCCGCUCUGCAGGAAACUCAGAACAAGGACAUGAAUCAAUACGGACCAAUGAGUUCCUCUUUCCAGAUGGGACCAAACCAAGCAUACAAUAGCCAGUUCAUGAACCAGCCAGGACCCCGUGGACCCCAAUCUCUCUCUGGUAACAUGGGCUCAGGCAUGAAUGCAUCCAAUAUGAGUGGACCCCCAAUGGGGAUGAACCAGCCCAGGGGCCAAAGCAUGGGACCCUUCGGGGGCCAUGGUCAAAGAAUGCCCCAGCAAGGGUAUGCUGGACCCCGGCCACAGGGCAUGGUUAUGCAGGGCAUGAAGAGGCCAUAUCCAGGGGAGCCAAACUAUGGGGGGCAGCAGUAUGGACCAAACAACCAAUUCCCCAACCAGCAGGGCCAGUACCCGACACCCAACGCUUCUAGGCCGCUGCCGUCCAGCAACUACCCCGGUCAACGGAUGCCUGGACAGCAGCUCCAGUCGCAGUAUCCACCACCCAGCGGUCCUAUGGGACAGUAUUAUAAGCAAGAGCCACCUUUUAACGGCCAAACCAACAACUUCUCUGGGAGUGGUUACCAGUACAGCCAGGGGAAUAUGAAUGGGCCACCCAGACCCAUGGGCAACUACCCCCACUCUCCAGUGCCGGGCAACCCCACCCCUCCAAUGACCCCAGGAAGUAACAUCCCUCCGUACCUAUCACCCAAUCCGGACGUGAAACCACCAUUCCCUCCUGACAUCAAGCCAAAUAUGUCCGCUCUUCCUCCACCACCAGCCAAUCACAACGAGGAGUUGCGCCUCACCUUCCCAGUGCGUGACGGCGUGGUCUUGGAGCCCUUCAGGCUAGAGCACAAUCUGGCUGUCAGCAAUCAUGUCUUCCACUUACGGCCCUCAGUGCACCAGACUCUUAUGUGGAGGUCGGACCUCGAGCUGCAAUUCAAGUGUUACCACCACGAGGAUCGCCAAAUGAACACCAACUGGCCGGCGUCGGUACAAGUGAGCGUCAACGCCACACCUCUCACCAUCGAGCGGGGGGACAACAAGACGUCCCACAAGCCCUUGCACCUGAAGCACGUCUGCCAGCCGGGCAGGAACACCAUCCAGAUCACGGUCACCGCCUGCUGCUGUUCCCACUUGUUCGUGCUGCAGCUGGUCCACAGGCCGUCGGUCCGGUCCGUCCUCCAGGGUUUACUGAAGAAGAGGCUCCUACCCGCCGAGCACUGCAUCACCAAAGUCAAGAGGAACUUCAGCAGCGUAGCAGCAUCCUCGGGCAACGCCGCCCUCAACGGCGAGGACGGCGUUGAGCAGACGGCGAUCAAGGUGUCCCUCAAGUGUCCCAUCACCUUCCGGCGAAUACAGCUCCCCGCAAGAGGUCACGACUGCAAGCAUGUGCAGUGUUUCGACUUGGAGUCGUACCUGCAACUGAACUGCGAGCGAGGCACAUGGCGAUGUCCUGUAUGCAAUAAAACAGCUUUGUUAGAAGGCCUGGAGGUGGAUCAGUACAUGUGGGGCAUCUUGAACGCCAUCCAAAACUCGGAGUUCGAAGAGGUGACGAUCGACCCGACGUGUAGCUGGCGGCCGGUGGCCAUCAAAUCAGAAAUCCACAUCAAGGAGGACCCUGAUGGUCCUCUAGCCAAGAGGUUUAAGACCAUGAGCCCCAGUCAGAUGAUCAUGCCCAACGUGAUGGAAAUGAUCGCCCAGCUCGGCCCCGGACCUUCGCCAUACUCGUCUCAUCAGGGCGGCAACAACAGCGAAUACGGCGGUCAAGGCAACAGUUACCAUGGCCAGGGCAACUUUGACUUCCCUCACGGCACGCCGGGCGGGACGUCGAUGAACGACUUCAUGCACGGCCCCCAGCUGUCCCACCCGCCCGACAUGCCCAAUAGUCUCAUGACGCAAGACAAGCCUCUUUCGCACAACAUGGCCGACUCGAUACCUCACUCUUCCGGCAAUGAGCAGUCACAUGGUCCAUUGCAGCAGAGCUUACAUGGGUCGCCACACCCGGCGAGCCAACACCACAGCGGACCCCCGCCCCCCUCGCGACAAGCUCCGCCCCCUCCUCCUCAGCAGCAACAGCAGCAGCCCGGCUCCAACAGCCACCCCCAUAGCGACCUGACCUUUAACCCCUCCAGUUUGGACAGCCAAGCCGGCUCGGACAUGCCGGAACCUUCUUUAGACCUUCUUCCAGAGUUGGCCAACCCUGACGAGCUCUUGUCCUACCUGGACCCUCCGGACCUCCCCAGCAAUAGUAAUGACGACCUCCUGUCGCUGUUUGAAAACAACUGAGGCGUGCACCGGGGGCGUGGACUUUAUAGCGCCCGGACGCCGCUCUGUACUUGACGAACACAAAGAUGCACUCCCCCUUCUCUUCUUCCUCUUGUACAGUUUUACUUGGGAACACAAAAAGACACGUCGGGAAGUCCUUUCGAACUGUGCAGCUAAAAAUCACCCGUUGUUUUGAACGCCACGCAAACACUUGUAGCAUUUUCACUCGGCUGGAGAGAUCCGCCAUGUUGUCGUUGUUCCGUGGGGAGAGGCCACCACACAUCAUUUAAUAGCACAGGAGAUCCACGCCACGCAAAACAAACAAUGAAGAUGAAUAACUUUCGAUUCAUAAAUGUUCCUUUUUACUACAAUUGUGAUAUUUUUGUUAAAAACUGUUUCAUAUGUUUCUACAAAGUCAUGAAUCGUUAGGGAUUAGGGAUGGGCAUAUUGAUAUUUUAUAGGGCUGCAACUAAUUUGAUAAUCGAUUAAACUGUCGAUUAUUACUUUGAUUAAUCAAUUAAUAAUCGGAUAAAAAAGACAAACUACAUUUCUAUCCUUUCCAGUAUUUUAUUGGGAAAAAAACAGCAUACUGGCACCAUACUGAUUUUGAUUAUUGUUUCUCAGCUGUUUGUAAAUGUUGCGGUUUAUAAAUAAAGGUUUAUAAAAAAAUAAAAAAUAAAAUAAAAAGCCUCUGUGCAUGCGCAUAGCAUAGAUCAAACGAAUCGAUGACUAAAUUAAUCGGCAACUAUUUUUAUAAUCGAUUUCAAUCAAUUUAAUUGAUUAGUUGUUGCAGCCCUAAUAUUUUAUUUAAUCCAAUAAUUUAAGCAUUUUAUUAUUACAAUUACUGUUGUAAAAAAAAACAAAAAACUAUAAAAUAUGUAUCUUGAUUUAAAAGUUAAAAUUUUUAUUUUUAGACGGCAAAAAAUACUAACUUGAUUUUUUCUUUAAUUAAACAAACUAAAGCAGUUAAUUUAUUUGCUUACUUUAGCAUGUGAGCAUUUUCUUGCCACCUUUUAUUCAUUUAUUUUAUUAUCAUGGCCGCAAUUCUCUUUUGCAGUGUUCUAAUUUAAGACCAACUUACCGCAUUUUUCGGAGUAUAAGUCGCACCGCAGUAUAAAUCGCACCUGCCGAAAAUGCAUAAUAAAGAAGGAAAAAAACUUAUAUAAGUCGCACUGGAGUAUAAGUCGCAUUUUUUGGGCCAAAUUUAUUUGAUAAAACCCAACACCAAGAAUAGACAUUUGAAAGGCAAUUUAAAAUAAAUAAAGAAUAGUGAACAACAGGCUGAAUAAGUGUACGUUAUAUGAGGCAUAAAUAACCAACUGAGAACGUGCCUGGUAUGUUAAGGUAACAUAUUAUGGUAAGAGUCAUUCAAAUAACUAUAACAUAUAGAACAUGCUAUACGUUUACCAAACAAUCUGUCGCUCCUAAUCGCUAAAUACCAUGAAAUCUUAUACGUCUAGUCUCAUACGUAAAUGAGCUAAAUAAUAUUAUUUUAUAUUUUACGGUAAUAUGUUAAUAAUUUCACACAUAAGUCGCUCCUGAGUAUAAGUCGCACCCCCGGCCAAACUAUGAAAAAAACUGCGACUUAUAGUCCGAAAAAUACGGUACUUACUACAACGACAAAGUAUGGACACCACAGACUGGCCACUUUAGCUCUUAAAAUAAAUGUUAUCACGUGUAUACCGUAUUUUCCGGGCAAUAGAGCACACCGGUAGUUAAGCCACACGCACCAAAUUUUAGAACAAAAAAAUAUUUGUACAAAUUAACCGCAUCGGACUAUAAGCCGCAGAUAUAAACCGGUAGAUUUUGUAAAUGUUUAUUUACAUACGUUAAUUGUUUCCAAACAGUGCCUGUAACACGGCAGUAAAACGGCUGAUCAAACAAAACAGAAGUCACCGUCACCAGCUGCGGAAGCAGGCUCUCCAAUCAUUUAAACAGACUCAAUAAUUUCACAGUGAUUUCUACCAUGAAUUGAUUAACGUGGACCCCGACUUAAACAAGUUGAAAAACUUAUUCGGGUGUUACCAUUUAGUGGUCAAUUGUACGGAAUAUGUACUGUACUGUGCAAUCUACAAAUAAAAGUCUCAAUCAAUCGAUCAAACGUUUUGAUCAAAUUACAAAACUGAAACAAUACAAAAAGAAUGCCGCCAUAAGUUAAUAAUACUAACACAGAUAAAUGUGUUAGCAUAUUCGCUAAUGCUAACGACGCUAGCUUGAUUACAUUAUGAUAGCGCGUACACAUAUGCAUGAAAACACUCCUACAGACAUCACACAUGGGACGGUUUAGUAAUUAUGUAUUGUUUUAGUUACAUUGUAAAACUAACAAACGUUGCUUGGAGUGAUGAAGGAAGAAUCUUUUCGAGCAGGAACGAUAUGGACGGUUAUAAUUCCGGUUCAAGGCACGAAACGGGAAGUAGAUUUUCAACCUGCACCACCUGCAUUGAGUGAACCCGUCCAAAAGAUGGCGUCAGAGCACAAACAAUAACCCACCUUUUCAGUGUCUCUGUCGGUGUAAUAUGAAAACUAUUUGUUGAAUACAAAACAUUAUGGCCGGUAGCCUAGAAAAAUCUAUAAAUUAGCCGCAGGGUUCAAAGCAUGUGGAAAAAGUAUAGUCCGGGAAAUACAGUAAUCAAGCCUAGAUUAAGCCAAGAUCCCUUUGAAAGGUGUCAAAUAUGCCAUUUAUUUACAAGUGUGUGAAAAUAUAUGUAAUAUUUAUCAUCACAAACUAGGGGAGCACAAAAAACUCACUCAUUUGAACAGUGAUUCUUAUUCAUUCUGAUUUUAAAUCGAUUCAAAAUUUUCAAAAAUCGAUAAAAGACCUAAUAAUGAUAAUGUUUCAGGCUAUUUCCAUGCAACCAGAAGGAGCUUUUCUAAAUUGUAACCCGUUUUCAAAAAGUUUCAUUAUAAUUAUUAUACCAAUUAAUACAUUGCGAGAAUCGGUUUAUAUCAAAAAUCAUGUUGAAUUGAGAAUCGAUUCUGAAUCAAAUCACCACCCCAGGAAUCGUAAUCGGAUCAUUAGGUGCCCAAAGAUUUACACCCAUAUCACAAACAGUUAAAAUGUUGAAUAUUUAAUAUUAAUAUUCUAACACAUUGUCUUUUGAGACUUUUUAAUGUCUUUCCCAGCUUUACAAUAACAAUUUAGUAAGGGAAAAAAUCUGCUCAUGCUUGUAGAAAUGUUUUAAUGCAAGCCGUGUGUAUAAUUGUAUUUCAUAUUUAAUAUACCGGUAUGCUAAAUUGUGUACAUGUUAGAUGACACAAGGAAGUGGCAUUAACACACAUUUAAAUAUACAACCUAGAGUGGAGAUUAUGAAAGAAGGCUUUGGAACAAUAAAAAAGUGUGCAUUUAUAUAAAAAUGUACAAUAUUAUGAAAGAUAAUCUUUUUUUUUUUUAAUGAGUAAAAUGUGUGAAUAUUUCUAAUUAAAAUAUUGAACAAAUUGUCAAAAAUAGAUACUCACGAGUAACAAAUGGGUAGUAUAAAUAAUUUGGCCUUGUAAUGAAUUUGCAUUAUCUUUUUCUACCAUUUAAAAAUAUUAUUUAAAGAAUGAUAUACAAAAAUUGCACUCAUUUGGCUGGUAAUUAAUGAAAGACAAUGAAUCAAAUGCCCAUCCCUUGUCUUUAUCUCUGUUUUCCGCUACUUUUUUUCUUCAUUUUUGUGCAAAACUGUUCUCUAUCACCCUCUUAAAUGAUGUGCAAAGUGUGCCAACUAGUACAUUUCUACGCUAUAUGUUUUUAUUUUAUGAUUUCAUUCAAAACGCCAACGUAGAUGCUCUUCUCAGUAAGCUCAUCAUUUUUACUGGAUUUUUGUUUUCUACGUUCUGUUGCAUCUGCUGCCUCAUUACACAAUUUAUUUUUGGGAAACGGCUCACCAAAGUUGGACAAAUGAAGAUGGAUAAUGCGUGCGUGUGUGUGGGUGUGUGUGUGUGUGUGUGUGUGUGUGUGUGUGUGGGUGUGUUUGUGAGCGAAGGUCCUAUUUGACAGUUAAUCAUAAAACGCAGUAUCGUUGCCACAUUUCCUUUUCUCUUUAAUGAUAACGCUGUUCCAGUAUGCAAAUGUAUUAUUUUCUAAGAAAUGCUAUUGUACUGUAAAUAUAAUAAUCAUUGUGAAUAUUUUUCUAUUAUUUCCUCGCAUCGCCGCGUUUUCUGUUCCCGAACUGACCUCCGCCGCCGCCGCCGCCGCCUUUGUGUACGCGUCACGUGACCAGCCCACAUGUCUAAGUUAUUUGCACGUGUUGAUUUUUAUUUUUAUUUUAACCAUCAUCAUGUAUGUUCUUUUCCCAUCUCUCCUUUAUUAUUUGUUUGCAUUUUGUUUCAAGAUGUUUGUAAUUGCGCUGGCUUAUGAGUGUAAUGUGAAUAUCAUUUUUUUCAAAGAUACCUACAGUAUAUCACAAAAGUCAUGAUAUUGUUUAUAUUUUUCUUCUUUUUUUUUUUAAUCUGGCUUUUUUUUUUAAACCCACAUGACGGUAUAUUUGAAUCCCUCUUUUUUUGUAAUUUAUUUUAUACUGUUUUAUUCUUAUUAAUAAUACUCUGUAAGGCUAGAAAUCCAAUGUCUCUCACUGUAGCAUGGCGCUAAUAAUUGUAAGCGUUCCAGUUCAACACACUGACAUGUUUCAAUCAGUGACAAAACACUGCCACAUUAUUAAUAUUUUUUACUUUCAAAUGAUGUUUUUUUUCAUACAAGUGAGCCACUUUUAGUGUGUUAGGGCAGCACCCUCAAUCUGUAGUUGCACAAUCACACGAAAAGACUCACAUCUCUUGUCGGAAUAAAAUAUAGAAAAUCGAGUGAAAUAACGUUAAGGGUGGUCACGUGUCCUAAGGAUGUGUGUAUAUAUGUACAAUGAAUAUAGAGACAUGUGGACAGAAAUGUAUUCAUGUUCCCUGGGAAUGUGCAUUGUUUCCUCAGAUUAAUAAUAAAAAAAACAAGCUUGCAAACCUCUCU